AUGUCGAAUACAUCUUCAUCAACCACGACAUCAAAGCUAGACCCACAUCAACUAAGGCCCUAUUAUGAUCAUGAUACUUUUGAUGCAGGUUACUCAGUAAUUUUUAAAAAGGGAGUAGGAUUAUUUGAUCCCAAAACAAAUAAACCAAUAACUUCAAAUUUAUCUAGUAAUGUGAUCGACAAACAAAUAAAUAAUAAUUUACAUAAUCAACCUGGACUAAUACGAAGAACUUUUGAUAGACAAGGUGGGUUGGGUUUACAGUCUAGUGGUAGUGGUGAUAAAAACUUUUUAUAUGACUUAGAAUUUAAUGAAUAUUUUGAUACUAAUAAUAUCCUUGAAUUAUUGAAAAAUUUAGUUUGGAAUUUUGUUAAAAGUUAUGCAAAAGUAUUAAUUGCUCAACCAUUGGAAAUAACAAGAUUAGUUUUACAAGUUGGUAAAUUCCCCAAUUUAACUGAUAAAAAACCCACAAAAGAUGAUAAACUGAAGAAAAGAUUAUUGGAUUCCACUCACUCAUUAUCGUCAUCAACAUCAUCUGUUAAGCAAGAGAAUGAUCAUUUAAGUUCAAGUAAAGUUGGAUUUGCACAAGAUGAUGAUGAACCAAUUGAUUAUUUCCAGCCACAAAAUGAUCAACAAGUUUGGGCUAACCCACAAUCAACCUUCGAACCAAUGACACCUGCAAAAGAAUUACAACAUUCAUCAACCGUAACAAGUAAUGAAAAAUUUGUACCACCACCUUUAAAAAGAUUAAGUACAAGAAAAAGAAUUAAAGUUUUCAAAAUACAACCAGUAUCAUUACAUACUAUUGAUAUAAUGUCAGCUAUAGCCAACAAGGAUUCAUUUUUUGCAUUAUUCAGAGGUGUUAAUGCUUCAUUUAUAUAUCAAACCUUAUCAAAUACAAUUGAAGCAUGGAUCACUGGAUUUUUAUCACCAUUUUUAGGUAUUCCGGAUCCUUUCUUUUUGGAUUUAACUCACUCAAAUGAUCCAUUGAAAUCAUUAUGGUUAUCUGUUUCAGCUUGUGUCCUCACAGGAAUAAUAUUAAUGCCAUUAGAUUUAAUCAGAAUCAAAUUUAUGAUUACUCAACCAAAUAAUACAUUACCAUUACAUCAGGACAAAAAUGAAGAUUUAAUAGAAAAGGCAGCUGAGGACAUACUACAAAACACAAGAUCAAUAAGAGAAUCCAUAAGAUUUUUCCCAACGUACUACCUCAAACAUCCACCAAGUCCAAUAGUUCUAUUAACAACCUUAUAUCAAUUAUCAACAAGUAUAUUUAGAAAAAUGGCACCAUAUUUAUUAUUUAUAAAAUUUAAUAUUGAUUCAUAUUCAUCACCGUCAAUUUACACUUUUGUGAAUCUUAUAAGUUCAAUUUGUGAAUUUUUCAUAAAAUUACCAGUUGAAAAUUUAUUGCGUAAAGAACAAGUUAAAUUUUUAUUAACUCCAAAAGCGCAAGAUCCAAAAAAGAUUAUAACAAUUGUAAAACCAGAAGAAAAUUUAAUUGUUGAAUUUAAUGGUAAUAUAGGUGAAGAUUUACAAGAUAAAGAUGAAUCCGUUUGGGUUAAGAUUAAACAAUUAGGAUUAUUUAAUGGUUGGAGAGUUGGUCUUUUAAAUGUGGUUGGAUUCUGGGGUUAUAAUAUAUUAAAAAAUAGUGGUAAUGAAUUAAGAGAAGAAAGAUUAUAA